AUGGAGUUCGCAAACGGCACCGGCGGCGCUGCUGCGGCCGCACCAGCUGGAGCUUACCCGACGGCACCUCCUGCGAAUGGCGACGAUGCUGCUGCUGCUGCUUCUUCAAGCGACUUCAAGCUCAAAUUCUGUACCGUGUGCGCGAGUAACCAAAAUAGAUCAAUGGUCUCCCACCUCCGCCUCGCCCAAGCAAAUUACCCCGUAAUCUCCUUCGGCACAGGCUCCCUCGUCCGCCUCCCGGGUCCAUCCAUAACCCAACCAAACGUCUAUCAAUUCAACAAGACCUCGUACGACUCAAUCUUCAAAGAGCUCGAAUCAAAAGACACGCGCCUCUACCGCGCAAACGGCGUCCUCAACAUGGUCGACCGCAACCGCCACGUGAAAUGGGGCCCCGAACGCUGGCAGGACUGGCAGGUCGGCAUGCCGCGCCUCACCCACGCCGAAGACCGCGGCAGCGUCGGCGUCGAGGGCGGCGUCGUCGAUAUCGUCAUCACCUGCGAGGAGCGCUGCUGGGACGCCGUCAUUGACGACCUCAUGAACCGCGGGAGCCCCCUCAACAGACCCGUUCACGUGAUUAACGUCGAUAUCAAGGAUAACCACGAGGAGGCCAGCGUCGGCGGGCGCGCAAUUCUGGAUCUGGCCAACGCGUUGAACGCCGCGGCGACCGAGGAGCGUGAGGCUGUAGGUGCCGCGGCGUUUGAUGGCGGGAGCGCGGCGGGCAGGGCGAGCUUUGAUGAGAGGGUGCCGGAUAUCCUUGCUGCGUGGCAGGAUCGGUGGCCUCACUUGCCUGCUGUAUGGACUCUUGCUUGGUUUUGA